AUGUCCAAUAACCCGAGCAUAUUGGCCUUGAACAAGCCAAGGCUUGAAAAUCUGAGCCUGAUCUACACAAGUGAAAAGCCACUUCUUUUCUUGCCAGCAACUUUUCGAGAACCCCGCCUUCGUGGCAUGCAACAUAGUCGAGUAAUCAAGUUUUUGGGUUUGACUGCAGAUUUUCAUGACAAGCUGGGCCUCCGCUACGAUCAAGGAGGCCCAAAGCGAAUAGAACCUAUCUUCUCGGAAUACACCGCUGGGAACGAAAACGAACAUAAUCAUCUACCUUGUGAAUUUAUCAAUCCCAGCUUUUUAGACCUCAGGAGACAUCCUGUUCCUUCUUCAUUCGAAUCAAGGGUUACUGUUGAUGCUCAGGGAGCAAACAGACAAUUUGAUGAGAAUGAAUACCCCUUCGCUGAAGAUGACAACCACGGAAAUUUCGAUCCUCUGCCUUACACUCCCUGCACCACUUUGCUAGAUCUGCCUGCGCUAGACGCAGAGGUUCCGCAAACUCUCCAAUAUGUCGAAGAACCAGGCGGGGCCCAGGUUCAGUACGGUCUUUACCAAGCUCAUUCAGUCUCCAUCCCUCGCGUGGAGGUUUUCCAACAUCAUCAUCAUCAUCCUACUGUUCAGAUUUUACCUGAACAGCCAGAACCGCAACCAGUUGCUCAACCCUACAUUUGCUCUGAAUGUCAAGACCAAUUCAGACUACCCUGUAAGCUGAAUUUGUUGAUGCUGAUACUCAACCUCAGUGCUCAUAUGAAAUCACAUACUCUCCCUUCCAAGUGUCCCAUAUCCUCAUGUAAAUCACUCGGGUUCCAGUAUCUGAAAGAUCUGAAACGCCACAUUACAAGCAUACAUCCCGAGCUCAACCCGAAUGCGGAAAUAUAUUUUUGUGAUGCGGGAAGCUGCAAGCACUCAAGAACCAAAAGAAAGGGGUUCCCGAGGAAAGAUAAUUGUGAAAGACACAAGAAGAAAUGCAAACAUCGGAUCCAGCAGAUGUGA